UUGUGUCUCCGCCUUGUCAGUGACAGAACGCCAACAGAGGAGCAGCACAGCCAGCAGCACACAACAGGCAGAGCGGAAAACGAGCUAAAAUGAAGGAGAACAGUCUGCCCCGGAUAGUUGUUAUAAUCUUAUGUCUGGCCGUUUUCAUUGCCGUUUUAGUUAUUAACGCUUUGGCUGGAGCGGGCAGAGGUCCGUUCCACUCCUCUACAGGUAAUGUGUCGGCCCGCUAUGAGACGGACAUCACUCCAGCUGGCUGGACCUUCUCCAUCUGGGGUGUCAUCUAUACCUGGCUCACGCUCAUGGUCCUAUACAACACUACAUAUGUGUUCAGAGGGUCCUGGGCUCAGUGUCUGCUGCCCUAUGCUUUCUAUUUUUGCUGGCUGGCCAGCAUGGUGCUGAACAUAACAUGGCUGCUGCUGUGGGACAGGGAGUUGAUGCUCGCUGCUCUGGUUGUAUUAAUCAUGAUAGCGAUUUCCAACUACAGUGCUCUAUUCUUCUGUUGCUUUGCCACGGAUUACUAUGGACUCUGGUUACAGACAUACCAUCGCAAAGACCUGGCCUGUCUCAGAAUACUGGUCCAGAAUGGUUUGGCUCUCUACACCACAUGGACAGCCAUCGCCUCUCUGAUCAACUUCUCUCUCGUUCUGCACCUGUGGGGUGUGGACAGGAGCACAGCAGCAACAGCGUCUCUGUGCAUCCUGUUUGGAGAGGUGAUGGGAUGGUUCAUCCUUGAGAACUGGGUGCUGGACCGUUGGGUGCGCAACAUCCUUACUGUUUACCCUGUGGUGAUCGUGGCUCUGGUCGGGAACAUCAUGAAACAUUUUAACCCAGCGGACCCCACUACAAAUUCUGUGUUCAUGGUUGUAUUGCUGGUGCUAGUGUGUAUCCUGCUGAUUUUCCGAGUGUGUACCGUCAUCUGGAGAAACAUCAGGCGGCCACUCCACUCCCCUGGCUCAGCCCGGCUGAUGAUAUCACCACUUGAUGGCAGCAAAUUUAAGGUCUUUACUUAAACAAAAGUAACUGGUUACAGUCUCUCCAAUCCCACUGCUGUCUUUAAACUGUCUGCCCAGACCCACUCUUAUUUACAGUUUAAAACAAGCCAUUCCAAUACUCUAGGGCAAUACAUAAAGCGUAAAAGAAAUGUAAAGUUUUUGCACUUGUGUAGGGGCUAGUCAAUAGUCAUUGAUUUGUAUGAAAAACAUGGAUAUGAACUGUAUUUCUUUCAGUGGAAUGUAUGAAAUGAACUUGAAUGAAAAGGGGGUGUUAAGAGUUUAUAAUGGUAAGAUCGAAAAACUUCUCUCAAACUGCAAUAAGGACAAUGCCUCUACAUCUGAAACACUUGGAAAUACUAAUACACCACUUCUGUUUUCACUGACUAUCAUAAAUGUUGUGAAGGACUUUAUAUACAAAGGCGUGCAUGUGAUUUGAUUAUCAUAUUUUGUAUCAUUAUUUUAUCACAGUAUUAUUAUUGCAUUUAUGGUCAUUUUUGUCUUGUCUCCAUUCAGUGAAAAUGGACAUGCGCUCAACUCACUGUUUAUUUGCUUUUUGACUAUAUAAUUUGAGAAAAUUAACUAUCAUUUGUUUUCAGGACUUUGUUAAAAUCAUUCUGAAUUUCCAAUUAAAGCAUUCAUUUUUAACAACUAA